AUGUCGUUGAAUCGUGUGGCAAGCAUCGAAACUCUAUCAGACUACCAUGUCCAGCGGGGCGGCGAUGCCAACCAUCGGCCCAGGAAGCUCAGCUUCAGCCCUCUCCCCCAACCAAAGGAUCUUCCCCAGCCUCCCUUGGUCAGUAGUCAAGAUCAUUUCUACACUCAUCCCUCGGCCGCGCCAUCAAUCUGGCCAGAUCCGAUCCCUGUGAGUGCCUUUGAGGUCCCGCAAUGGAUGCGAAUUCUCCAAAUAUCUGCCUCGGUCUCAUACUGCCUCUUCUCAGCCGGCGUAGUCUUCGGCUAUGCUGCCAUCAAACCUGUCCUCAAGGCCGAGGGCGCCUACCAGGACACAUGUUCCGACUCUCCUGAUAGCGACGUCUGCGUCGAGAUCCAUCUUAACCUCAUGUUCACAGUUGCUGCGGUCGGGACCAAUGUAGCUGCGCUUCCAGUCGGCGCUAUUCUCGACAAUUUCGGCCCUCGCGUCUGCGGUCUCAUUGGCAGCUGUUUUCUCUUCCUCGGCGCCCUCGUACUUGCGUACGCCAAGUCGAUGCCCUUCGAUGCCUUCCUCCUCGGCUAUCUUCUCCUUGCCCUUGGUGGUCCAUUCACCUUCAUCUCGUCGUUCCAUCUCUCGAAUGCAUUUCCACGGCACUCUGGUCUUAUCCUUGCCCUCUUGACUGGUGCCUUCGAUUCGUCGAGUGCCGUCUUUCUGGUAUAUCGUCUGCUCUACAACUCCAGCGAGGGUUCCUUCCAGCUCCGGAAGUUCUUCCUCUUAUACCUCGUCGUUCCCGUCGUCAUUCUGAUUCUGCAGCUCUUCCUUAUGCCGCGCACCUCGUAUAAGACGGUGGGCGAGCUUGUUGACCAGGCAGAGGGGGUGCAGGCAGUGGCUGACACCCAGGGGCCCGAUGAGGCCAUGGAUGAUCAGAUCGAUGAAGAAACAGCUCUGUUGCGUGACGAGCGGCGUGAGAUCAGGAGGGAGCGGGAGACGGUCAUGGCCGAUAUCGAGUCGCUCCUAGGUUCGGUCAAGGGAGACGAGCAGAUCGAGGCAGAGGAGCGCAAGAACACAACUUCCGGGGUCUGGGGCAUUCUGCAUGACGCGACCGUCUUCCAGCAGGUGUCGUCCCCGUGGUUCAUUCUCAUCUGCGUCUUCACCGUCAUACAGAUGACCCGCAUCAACUAUUUCGUCGCCACCAUCCGUGUCCAGUACGAGGCCAUCCUCGGAGACUAUGCCAAGGCGGUGCAGAUCAAUGAUUUCUUCGAUAUUGCCCUCCCGGUUGGCGGUCUCAUUGCCAUCCCCUUCAUCGGUCUCGUCCUCGACCACACAAGCACCGUUGUCGUGCUCUCCGUCCUCGUGUCUGCGGCUACCCUGAUAGGAAUCCUUGGUAUAUUGCCAUAUAUGUGGGCUGCUUACGCCAACGUCUCCCUCUUCGUUCUCUACCGGCCAUUUUACUACACGGCCGUUUCCGACUACAGCGCCAAGGUGUUUGGCUUCCGAACUUUUGGCACCGUCUACGGUCUGAUCAUCUGCCUCUCCGGACUGCUGAAUCUUUCCCAGUCAGGGUUGGAUAUUCUGCUCCAUGAGACGUUCCGAGGCGACCCUGUGCCCGUGGACCUUAUCUUGCUAUCCUUGGGAUUGGCCGUAGGUAUCUCGCUUGUGUCUUAUGUUGCGCUACAGCUGAGGAAGAUUAAUAAGAGUAAGAGGGUGUCACGAUAA